UUUUGUAUUUUCUCGAGAAAUUUCUCUCUCCUACCCCCUUCUCAUGUACCAGUCAUAUUUACACGCUCCUCUCUCUCUAUGUCUAUCCAACGACUUUAAUUUGAAAUUUCUCCUUCUCUAGUUUCUCUCUGUAUUUACGCGCAUUUCUUCUGUAUUUGUUGUUAGUUAUUGCACUCUCAUUUAAUAGACGCCUAAUCUCUCUCUCUCUAAAACUAUUAGGACGGUUUGCCUUUCCAUUUUAUCCUCUCUUUCAUGGGUGUUUGAUCUCAAGGUUGAGGAAUCACAACUUGUCCACACCUUACCAAAUCAAGCCAGAGAGUUGAGUAGGGAGCAAGCUUUAGUGAGUUACCACACUAGCAUGGCAUCUGGAAAUCCUUUCUUUGAUGACUUGCGUAGUAAGCCAGAGGUUAUUGAUCCUCCUCCGAGUGAAGACAUGAUGGAUGUUGGUGAAAGUGUGAAUGAUCCUGCUCAGACAGCAAUGAAACCCAACGUGACCGUGUCUAGCAGUGUUCGUGAACUUUUGGAGUGCCCUGUGUGCUUGAAUGCUAUGUAUCCUCCAAUCCAUCAGUGCUCAAAUGGUCAUACAUUAUGUUCCGGCUGCAAACCCAGGGUUCACAAUAGAUGCCCCACCUGCAGGCAUGAACUUGGUAAUAUCAGAUGUCUUGCAUUAGAGAAAGUUGCAGCGUCUCUUGAACUUCCAUGUAAAUAUCACAGUUUUGGCUGUGUGGGUAUAUAUCCCUACUACAGCAAACUAAAGCAUGAAUCACAAUGUGUUUAUAGACCUUACAAUUGCCCCUAUGCUGGAUCAGAAUGCACAGUUAUAGGUGAUAUUCCUUAUCUGGUGGCCCAUUUGAAAGACGAUCACAAAGUUGAUAUGCAUAAUGGCAGUACUUUCAACCAUCGAUAUGUCAAAUCAAAUCCGCAUGAAGUUGAGAAUGCAACGUGGAUGCUGACGGUCUUUAGCUGCUUUGGUCAGUACUUCUGUCUACAUUUUGAAGCUUUCCAGCUUGGAAUGGCUCCUGUCUACAUAGCAUUCUUGCGAUUUAUGGGCGAUGACAAUGAGGCAAAGAAUUACACUUACAGCCUGGAGGUGGGUGGGAACGGGAGGAAGAUGAUAUGGCAGGGAGUGCCUAGAAGCAUAAGGGAUAGCCAUCGAAAGGUUCGUGACAGUUUUGAUGGUCUCAUCAUCCAACGGAAUAUGGCUCUUUUCUUUUCUGGUGGAGAUCGGAAGGAAUUGAAGCUGAGGGUAACUGGACGGAUUUGGAAAGAACAGUGAUGAUAUAAUCUCAUUUUAUUCAACAAUUGGAGCUAGUAGGUUAGUUUCUUUUUGCAGUCUCACAGGUCUUCUAUUCAUGUAUUUUCCUGAGUUGCAGGAGGCAAACUCUCUUUGCUCAUCCAUGCAUCAGGUACAUGAGUGGGAGGCACGACUAUGAUUAUUUAUUUGUAGAGAUUUAGAUGUGCUAUUUUGCACUGCCUAGUCUUAUUAUGUAGUUAUUCAUAGACAGUAGAGCUCAAUUGCAUAGAAUUAGAUGGUAAAUUAGCUUUUAGUGAAGCUGUUCAUUAGACUUGGGCAGUGAAUCAGAACUUGGUAUUUCUGUUACUGGGUACUUUCAACUAUGAAUGUGAAGCCUCUUGUUGCCAUUAUUGCAACAAAUAA